AUGUCUGGCGAGAAGAUAGACACCGAAAAACAGGCGUCGAAAGUCGCCGAUGCGGAUGCCGCGCUGGACUAUCUCAAUCAUGAGCACACGGGAGCAAUGACCGAGGUUGACGAGAAGAAACUUCUCCGCAAGAUUGACUGGUGGAUCGUGCCUUUAAGGGCCUGCUACAAUCUUCAAUAUCUCGACAAGACUUUGAUCAAUUAUGCAAACGUUAUGGGCUUGCAAGAGGACACCAGCAUCACCGGUGAUCAAUUCUCCCUUCUGGCUCUCGUCUUCUACGUAACGUACCUAGCAUUCGAGUUCCCGACUGGAUUUCUUAUGCAGCGUCUUCCGACGGCCAAGUACCUCGGGGCCAACGUUAUACUUUGGGGCUUAAUGGUUGCGCUCACAGCGGCAGCCAAGAACUGGGCUGCUCUUGUCACCCUCCGUGUUUUGCUUGGAUGCUUCGAAUCGGCGGUUGCCCCGGCUCUGAUCUUGAUCACGUCCAUGUGGUAUAAACGGUCCGAACAACCCGCACGUGUUGGUUUCUGGUACGUGGGCACAGGAACCGGAACAAUCAUUGGAGCCUUGACGUCUUUUGGCUUUCAACAUUACGAGAGUGCCAGAUUUACGAGUUGGCAGAUUAUGUUUUUGGUAUUUGGACUAAUCACCAUCACCGUUGGCACUCUUGUCAUGAUCUUUAUGCCUGACAGUCCAAUGACGGCAAAAUUGACACAUGAAGAGAAGAUCUGGGCCAUUGAACGAGUGCGCGAAAACCAGACUGGAAUUGAGAACAAGCAUUUCAAACUGUACCAAGUGCUCGAAUGCUUUAAAGAUCCCCAGACAUGGCUUUUGAGCCUCAUUACAAUCAGCAGCAGCGUCCCCAACGGAGCUGUGAGCAGUUACCAGGCCACAAUUAUCAAAGGUUUUGGAUACACAAGCAAAGAGACUGCGCUACUCAGUAUUCCUAGUGGUGCUGUUGCUUGUCUAUCUGUAAUCUCCUCGGGUAUCGCUGCGUCCAAAUACAACAUGCGCGGCCCGAUUAUCAUAGUGCUUCUACUCAUCGGGGGUAUUCUCGGGGGCUGCCUUCUCGCUUUCUCGGCCCACGAUAGUAAGGGCAGCCUUCUCGCAGGGAAUUACCUCAUGAAUGUUAUCGGUUCAGCUCUGCCGUUGCUGUACUCGUACAGCUCUGCAAACUAUUCAGGACACACCAAAAAGGUCACCAUGAAUGCACUUCUUUUAAUGUCAUUCUGCCUGGGCAAUAUUAUCGGGCCUCUCACGUUCCGCGACGUCGAUAAACCGAACUAUCUUCCUGCCAAGAUCACGGUGGUGGUAACCAGCGCUGUCGCAGUUGUACUGACUGCGAUCCUUAUGGCCUACUACUCGUGGGAGAACAAGCGUAGAGAUCGACUGGCACAAGAAGGCCACAAGGAGAACAUUGAGUUUCUUGAUCUGACUGAUCGAGAAAACAAGGAAUUCCGGUACCGACUAUAA